AUGGCGUACGCAGCGAUGAAGCCGACAAAACCAGGGCUGGAGGAUCCACAGGAGCAAAUUCACAAGAUACGUAUCACUCUCUCUUCCAAAAACGUGAAGAAUCUCGAAAAAGUGUGUGCGGAUUUGGUUCGCGGUGCAAAGGACAAGAUGCUCAGGGUCAAGGGACCAGUUAGGAUGCCCACCAAGGUUCUUCAUAUCACCACACGGAAAUCCCCUUGUGGUGAAGGAACCAAUACGUGGGAUAGGUUUGAGCUUCGUGUUCACAAGCGUGUGAUUGACCUGUUCAGCUCCCCAGAUGUGGUUAAACAAAUCACCUCAAUCACAAUUGAACCCGGUGUAGAGGUUUGUAGCAACGAUGCUGUCAGAGUUGUUUUACUACAGUCACACACAAAACUCGAAGCCCUUGAAAUUGUCAUUAAAAAAUUAGAAGCCUCUGUCAAAAAUGGCGUCGAAAUCAAUGAUCCCCAUAUCUUUGCUUCCCUUUUGGAAACCUGCUUUCAUUUAAAAGCCACCGAUCAUGGCAGUAAGAUUCAUGAACUCAUUCCAGAAAGACUUUUGCGUAAAAAUGUGGGCAUUUCAUCCAAGCUUCUUAGGUUGUACUCAUGUAGUGGGGACGUUGAGAAGGCCCACAAGGUGUUCGAUCAAAUGCCUAAGAGAAAUGAUUCGACUUUUCCGUGGAAUUCACUUAUAUCGGGUUAUGCUGAGGUGGGCUUUUACGAAGAUGCAUUGGCAUUGUAUUUUCAGAUGGUGGAAGAGGAAGUGGAGCCUGAUGCGUACACAUUUCCACGGGCUCUGAAGGCUUGUGGAGGUGUUGGAAUGAUUCAAGCUGGGGAGGAAGUUCAUCGUCAUGAGGGAUGUGAACCUGAUUCAAUUACCAUAUCAGCAUUUCUUACCAGCAUGUUACCCUAUAAAAUUGGAAUUCAAAUUCAUGGAUUAGCUUUGCGUCGAGGAAUUGAGUGGAAUAUAUCUGUUUCUAACUCAUUGAUUGUUUUCUACUCGAAGCAUAAUAAACUGGAGCUAGUAAGACGGUUGUUUCUGUGCAUGCCACAAAGGGAUACCGUGUCAUGGAAUUCAAUAAUUUCAGCACAUGCUAAGGAACCUAUUGCCCUAGAUUACUUCCAACAGAUGUUGAAAUCUUGCGCUUUGCCUAACAGUACACUUGUGUUAGUCCUGGCAGAACCAGUUAUCAGGAAAUGUGGAUUUCAAUUCGUGAUGGCUUCUGAAAAAGACGAGGUAUAG